CGUGUGUGUGUGUGUGUGGUCAUCCCAGUGCCUACACAUAUAAAUGCAAUGCAUUGUGAGUCUAUUGACCUAUUCAUUGGCUUUUCAGAUCAAUAUUAUUCAGCAGCACUUUUCAAGCAAGCAAACUUUGGACCGGUCGUCAUCCCUUCUGAGGGACAUGUCCUGCCCGUGUCCCCGCUUUUCUGGAUGUGAAGUCUCUAACUUGUGUCCUCUCACAAACUGGAGACACAGCAGGAUAUGUAUACCCACGGCAAUUAUUAUAUUUCCCACAUACAUACAAUAAUUCGAGGUGUAUUUGUUUAGCAGACUUGUACGGGAGUGAUUUUUGCUUAGUAAAUUUCCCAUGCUUUCCUGUAAUUCAUUUCCAUCGGUUGUUGCAAUAACUAUGUCAACAGGAAGUUCGAGAUUGCUAAUUCUUUGUCCGUUUACGUGUAUGCGUUUAUUCCUCCAGUCCAGUGUUCAGAAAAUGGUCUAGUAUUGCUGCCUUCAAUGGCCUCGGUGAGAGCGUAUUUUCUUGCCCCGACUCCUCGUCUGAGUCGUAUAUUUCCGUCUAAGUACAGUGGUCCCUUCUUCACGAACAAAGUUUCGAUCAUUUUACUUAGAUGUUUGCGAGUGAGGUGGACAGCUGGCUGGCUCAUCGCCCAGAUCGCCAAGCUGGCAUCACCCGAACCCCUGGGUUUCAAGCCCGGGCUACAAUACGUGAUUAAACGGGGUUGUUGAGUGUUUUUAGCUCUGCACUUUAUUUUGGAUACAUUUCAGCUCCAAGGAUGAAAUAAAAGCAACAAUCUCACAGCGGGGGGUGGUGGAUGGGAAUAAGAAGGGAACUCUUUGGGGAGAAGUCUGGUGGAGAAAAUCUCCUUCGCGUCCGUCUGCGACGCGUGGGGGCGCACCGCUGUGCUGCGAGGUUACCCGGUGGACUCGGUGUCUCGUGACGAGAUGCCACAGUGGGAUUUGCAUCGGGCAAAAAAAGAAUAAAGGAAGCCUCGGUUUAUAGUGGUGGUAGUUUAUUUGAAGUGCUCUGUGAGCCAAGGUGUUCUUAAGUCGGGUUUUAGCAACAAGAAAACAAUGCCGCCGCUUCUCCGACAUACGCAGAGGCUUGUAUUGUGAGAGGCUUGUAUUGCCACGUCGUUUGUUUAUGCUAGAAUGCCAUUAAUGGUGUGCGUGUGGUCAAUGGCAGAAAGCCUUUCUUAAAAUCCGGCUCGCCAACGCGCUUUAUUGGUCUUUGAAAUGUCCAUUAUUUGGUUCCCUAGGGUUUGGAGGCUAUGCCCCUACAGCGGUCUGUGCCUGUGAUCAAAAACACUAACCCGUCCGUGGAUGUUUAGGAAGCCAUCUGACUGUGGUUCUUUUGAAUCCACAGCACUAAACAUGGCUUAGAACCUCGGGCCAGAUGGACCGUACGUUACGGCAAAUGCAAGCACACGACUUGGCGCUGUGCAGCAUUCUGUGUGAGAAACUGGCUUGUGGAAUAUUGGCCUUUGAGGUCACUUUGAAAUAUCGCAUCCCAAAGCUCGCCCCCACAGUUGGCCCUUGCCGAUUGCUUUAAAACCUUUGUUCUACAUUUUUUUACGACCAAUUCUGGCAGUGCCUGAUAAGCUGCUAUCUCCAGAGGCAACAACCUUUUCGGAAUCCUGCCUAGCCCGUGCCGUGACAAAGGAGGUGGCGCAUUUUCAAAAGACAGAGAGAGAGAGAGAGGGUCCAUAUUUGUCAAGCCUUGUGCGCAUUGCAAGGUGGAGAUUAAAGCGGAAUUGUUGGUGCUUGGAUGACUUUGGGUGGCUGCUGGGGUAGAGAAUGCUUUGGUACGGAGUGAGGGCAUGAGGCCGUUGGUGGGUGGAAUCCUACGACGCAGCGAUGUUCACGAUAGAUGCUCUCGCGUUCGUGAAAGGAGAGCGGGUGCCUUUGGGAAAGCCGGCUGCGCACGGCACGGCAGAAGCGUUCUCUGCAGCUGCGCAGGGGUGAUGCACAGGCGUCGAAAUAAAAUCAAGCCUGCAGAGGAACAGCGACAUUUGAAGGCAAACGACAGAGAAUUCAACGAGAAAUUCCAGUACGCGACCAACCGGAUAAAGACCUCCAAGUACAAUGUGGUGACCUUCCUGCCCGUCAAUCUGUUUGAGCAGUUCCAAAGAGUGGCCAAUGCCUACUUCCUGUUCUUGCUCAUCUUGCAGCUGAUUCCUCAGAUUUCAUCCCUGUCUUGGUUUACCACCAUCGUGCCUUUGGUGUUGGUGUUGACCAUCACCGCUGUCAAGGAUGCCUCCGACGACCUAUUCCGUCACAGGAGUGACAACCAGGUCAACAACAGACAGUCUCAGGUUCACAUCAACGGAAAGUCCGGAAGACUGCAGAAUGAAAAAUGGAUGAACGUGCGCGUUGGGGACAUCAUCAAAAUGGAGAACAACCAAUUUGUUGCCGCCGACCUCUUGCUGCUGUCCAGCAGCGAACCCCACAGCCUGUGCUACAUCGAGACGGCAGAGCUUGAUGGUGAGACGAACUUGAAGGUGCGGCAGGCUCUUCCCGUGACCUCCCAGAUUGCCGACGACAUUGACAAGCUGGCGCACUUUGACGGCGAGGUGAUUUGCGAACCGCCCAACAACAAGCUGGACAGGUUCACCGGCACGCUGUACUGGCGGGGCAACACGUACUCCCUGGACAACGACAAAAUGUUGCUGCGCGGCUGCGUCUUGCGCAACACCGAGUGGUGCUACGGCCUCGUGGUCUUCGCAGGCCCCGACACCAAGCUGAUGCAGAACAGUGGACGGACGAAGUUAAAAAGAACCAGCAUCGACCGCCUCAUGAACACCCUCGUGCUGUGGAUUUUUGGCUUCCUCGUGUGCAUGGGGUCCAUCCUGGGGCUCGGAAACACCAUCUGGGAGAGCGCCAUUGGCUACUACUUCCAGCCGUACCUGCCGUGGGAGAGCGCGGUGGACAGCGCCAUCUUUUCAGGGUUCCUCACCUUCUGGUCGUACAUCAUCAUCCUCAACACCGUCGUGCCCAUCUCGCUCUACGUCAGUGUGGAGGUUAUACGGUUAGGCCACAGCUAUUUCAUCAACUGGGACCGCAAGAUGUACUACGGAAAGCGGGACACGCCGGCUGAGGUGCGCACCACCACGCUCAACGAGGAGCUCGGGCAAAUCGAGUACAUCUUCUCCGAUAAGACGGGCACGCUCACGCAGAACAUCAUGACCUUCAACAAGUGCUCCAUCAACGGCCGCGUUUACGGAGGAGCAUAUGAUGUUACGGGUCACAAAGUGGAAAUCAAUGAGAGGUCGGUGCCAGUGGAUUUCUCAAGGAACCUGCUGGCCGACCGGCGGUUCUUCUUCUACGAUCAGACCAUGCUGGAGGCCAUACGCCUGGGCGAGUGGGGAGUGCACGAGUUCUUCCGUUUGCUUGCACUCUGCCACACCGUGAUGCCCGAGGAGAAGACCGAGGGGGAGCUGGCUUACCAGGCCCAGUCCCCCGAUGAGGGCGCCUUGGUGACGGCCGCACGCAACUUUGACUUCGUUUUCCGCUCGCGCACGCCCGAGACUAUCACGCUGCACGAGCUGGGAGAACCGCGCACCUACCAGCUGCUCGCCAUCCUUGACUUCAACAACUUCCGCAAGCGCAUGUCCGUCAUCGUGCGGAAUGCUGAAGGUCGGCUGAAGCUGUACUGCAAAGGCGCCGACUCUGUGAUAUUUGAGAGGCUUCACCCCUGCAACCAGCAGCUCGUGAACAUCACCGCAGACCACCUGAGUGCGUUUGCGGGCGAGGGCCUGCGCACGCUGUGCCUGGCGUACCGCGACCUGGACGAGGCCUCCUUCGAGGAGUGGCAGGAGCGGCACCACGAGGCAAACACGUCCUUGCAGGGCCGCGAGGAGCUGCUCGCCGCCGUCUACGACGAGAUCGAGCAAAACAUGAUGUUGCUGGGAGCCACCGCGAUAGAGGACAAGCUGCAGGAGGGUGUGCCGGAGACCAUUGCGAAGCUGGCCCUGGCUAACAUCAAGAUCUGGGUUCUUACGGGCGACAAACAAGAAACGGCGGUGAAUAUCGGCUACUCGUGCAACAUGCUAACAGACGACAUGAACGAGGUGUUUGUGGUGUCGGGGCACACGGUCCAGGAGGUCCGCGAGGAGCUGGGACGCGCCAAGGCCAAGAUGCUUGGACUGAGCAAGGGCUCGGCUGCAAAUGGCUUCCUCUAUUCGUCGGUGAAGGAUCCUUCCAAGGCCUGCCCAUCCAUCGAGACAACUGUGGAGGGGGAGUACGCCAUCAUCAUCAAUGGGCACAGCCUGGCGCACGCCCUGGAGGCCGACAUGGAGAUGGAGUUCCUGGAGGUGGCCUGCAUGUGCAAGGCGGUGAUCUGCUGCCGCGUGACGCCGCUUCAAAAAGCACAGGUGGUGGAGCUGGUGAAGACGUACCGCAAGGCCGUGACGCUCGCCAUCGGGGACGGAGCCAACGAUGUCAGCAUGAUCAAGACGGCUCACAUCGGCGUGGGCAUCAGCGGGCAGGAGGGCAUGCAGGCCGUCCUGUCCAGCGACUACUCCUUCGCUCAGUUCCGCUUCCUGCAGCGCCUGCUGCUCGUGCACGGCCGCUGGUCCUACCUGCGCAUGUGCAAGUUCCUGUGCUACUUCUUCUACAAGAACUUCGCCUUCACGCUCGUUCACUUCUGGUUUGGAUUCUUCUGCGGCUUCUCCGCCCAGACGGUGUAUGACCAGUGGUUCAUUACGCUUUUCAACAUUGUUUACACAUCCUUGCCGGUAUUGGCGAUGGGGGUGUUCGAUCAGGACAUCAACGACCAAUGGAGCAUCGAUUGCCCAAAGCUCUACGAGCCGGGGCAGCUCAACCUGCUGUUCAACAAGCGCGAAUUCUUCAUCUGCAUCGGGCAGGGCAUCUACACGUCAGUGGUGCUUUUCUUUGUGCCGUACGCUGCCUUUGUGGAGGCGGUGCGCGAUGACGGAACAGGACUGUCCGACCACCAGUCCCUGGCUGUGGCUGUCUCCACGUCGCUCAUCAUCGUCGUCAGCCUGCAGAUGGGUCUGGACACAGCCUACUGGACGGCCAUCAACCACUUUUUCAUCUGGGGCAGCGUGGCCGUAUACUUUGCGAUCAUGUUCGCCAUGUACAGCGCCGGCCUCUACAGCAUCUUCCCGUCCCAGUUUCGCUUCAUAGGCACAGCACGGAACACGCUCAACCAGCCGUCUGUGUGGCUGGUGAUCGCGCUGACCACCAUUGUAUGCAUCAUGCCUAUCGCCGCAUUCCGCUUCUUGAAGACCGACUUGCGGCCCACGCUCAGCGACAAGGAGCGCUACAUGCAGCGACAGCGACGCAAGCAGAAGCCGCAGACGCUGAGGCUGCACCGCGUGCACCGCACAGGCUCGCGCCGCUCGGGCUAUGCGUUUGCGCACCAGGAGGGCUUCGGCGAGCUCAUCACGUCUGGCAAAAACAUGCGCGGCUUCCACUCGGCUACGGCGCUGCUCACACGGGCUGCGCACGGCAGUGCGAGCUGGUUCGAGUCGCUGGGCAAGCGGCGAGCAGGCGACCCGACCUCGCAGCAGCAGCCGAAGGUGGGCGGCGAUACGACGCCAGCCAACGCUGCCAGCGAGCAGCAAGAAGAACAGGAGCUCGAGCAGGAGCUGGGAGAAGAGGCAGCUGCACCAGCGAUGGAAGCUUCAUUACUGUUGUGCGCAUCACCGGAGCUGGCGUCGACACCGGAGCCGGCGUCGACACCAGAGCCGGCGUCCACACCGGAGCCGGCGUCCACACCGGAGCCGGCGUCGACGCCAGAGAUGGCGGUAACACUGGAGGAGCUGGCAUCAACAUCGACACCAGAAAGAACUGCCACUUUCAACGACACGGAGAUCCAGUGAUUGCUUUCAACAACACAAUGACUGAACGAGGCCUUUUGCACACUGUGAGAACCGUUGUGACACACUUGUGCUCACGCAAAUGGGUGAAGUGAAGCACCAUUCAGCAAAUCCCUGCCAGGCCGCAGUUCGCUGCUGGGGAGGCAAAGCAACGAGUUCAGCAGGAACAGGGGAAUAAGGGGGCACCCGUUGAUUCCCAAAUUGUUGCAGAUGACUGGGACACUUAUUUUGCACUGUCUGCUACCAGUUCAGAAUUUCUCAUAUUGCCUUCUUACAUUUGGUUUAAAGUUUCCACAAUGCAGAGCUUCUAGUUCACAUUUUUACAUAUUGGCAUUAGUUGAAAAAUAAUGGUAAGGUAGUUUUACUCCAAUUGGUGUAUACGAAAACAUCUGCCGACCAGCUUUAAACACUGCAGAAAGACGUAUUUGUAGAAUUAAUUUCUCACCGACAUGAGCCGUCUAUUCAAUGUUGUGCCUUUUUGUUCAUUUUUACAACUACGUGGAGAUGCUUCUGUUGGGGAAAGCAUUUUGUAGUGGAAGUGGGUGUUAGCUGUGUGUAUUUUCUAAACACAUGUAGGUGCAUUUGUAAAAAAGUGUACCUUGAACACCAGAACGUCAGUUGCCUUUGUAGCAUAUUUGUGUAGCUGACAGUGUACAUUACGGUUUUAGUUAAAAUUGUUUGCAAAGCUAAUUACAUGUUACAAAUGUACAUUUCUUUUGUAAAAAACAUAAAAAAUUUAGCAAAAUAACUAUAUUAAUAAAACCCAAAUGUUUGUUUCAUAUUUCAAAACUGCAGUGCUUCAGAGUUGAGCAAGGGUGUUUAAAGCUGUUUAUUUUUAUACCACAUUCUGUUUAUUAAAGUUUAAAUAUGAAGGUGUGGAUUUUAUAGACCCUAGUUGUGCAUUGUUUUUCUUUUUGGCAACGACUAUCAUUUUUCUGAAAAUAAAACAAUGCAGAAUAGUAUAUAAUGGGCCAAGUAUAUCCUUCAGAAUAGGUAACGAGUUCAGGCAAGUAACUUCUAUUGACCAAAACACUGAUUCGUUCCUCCUUAACAUGUUUUUACUUUGUUGAGUUUGUUUUUGUCAUUUGUUACAAAAUGUCAAUGUAGCAACUGGGACUGUUGCUUUCAGUUAAGCUGUCACCUGCCUUUACUGUUUAUACAUUGUAAUGAUUACUGUUGACCGUUGCUCCUUGUGCAGCAAAUGGAAGCACAGUACAUAUUGAAGGCAAACAAGCAUGUUUUAAUGCCAAAGAGCUAAAAGUAAUAUCAGAUUGUAAAUACAACAUUCCAUAAUAAUUUAUUGCACAUUUAUACAUUUAAAGGAUUGGUAUCUUUUGAGUAAUAAAUAAUGAGGUAUAAUUAU